CUCUACCUUCACUCAUUCGGACAUCAUCGUUCUCUCUCCGGCGAAGGCUUCACUUCUCUCUCGAACGGAUCUCAGGUUUCUCUCUCACGAACGCGACGAUUCUUUCUUCCCUCUCGCGAUCAUAUUUCUCACUCUGUUUUCCUAUUCCAUUUCGUGAUUUACUUUUUCCAUUUUUGAGAUUAUUCUUCUGGUUACGAUUAACGUAUUGGUAGCGAUUAAUGAUUAUUCUUCUGUUCACUGUGUUUAUAGUUUAUAGUUUAUAAAUUUUCGUUUGAUUAUUUAUAACUUAUAUUCUCUGUUGUUUGAUAUUUAUUUGUAAUUGUAGUAGAUUCCACUAUGUGUAAAGAGGUUUCAUUGAAAGGUUUGUAGUUGAUUAGAUUCAACCAAGUCACUCUUACACUUUAUGCUCCCUUGAAACCCUUCAAAUCCUGCCAUGGCAGAAGUUUUAUUGCAUUGGAUUAACCUUUUUAAUUUUAUAUUAUGCAAAAAUUGGAUUACACUUCAAAUUGAAUUUUGUUGCCAUUUUCAUAAUGUAUUUUUUAAGAAGAAUUAGCGUGUUUGCUUGAAUUAACUUAUUUACUGACAUAAACAUUUUUGAGAGCUUAUGGAAACAGCAUAUGAUAUGUCCGUAAGGAGUUUUCAGCUUAUUUACAUAAAUUCUCAGGAUCUAUUCAACAAGGCUACAUCUUUUUGUGUGGUUUGCUGAUACCGUACUUUGUUAUGCAACAUGCUAUCCCGAUUAGUUGAUGGAAACGGCGAGAUGGAAGUUUCUGGGGAUGCUGGUUUGGUGGAACCAAAUGAUGGAUGUAGAUUGCUUGAGAGUUAUUCUGGGAGAGAAUUAGGUACCUCUCAUCAUGACCAUGCUAUUCAGGAACCAUAUGAAGGCAUGGAAUUUGUAUCUGAAGACGCUGCUAAGAUAUUUUACGAUGAAUAUGCCCGACAUGUGGGAUUUGUCAUGCGUGUGAUGUCGUGUCGGCGCUCAGAAAGAGACGGUAGGAUUCUUGCUCGCAGGCUUGGAUGUAAUAAGGAGGGUCAUUGUGUCAGCAUCCGAGGGAAAUUUGGGCCAGUUCGUAAACCAAGGUCCAGCACAAGGGAUGGUUGUAAGGCGAUGAUUCAUAUCAAGUAUGAUAAGUCUGGAAAAUGGGUGAUAACAAAGUUUGUGAAGGAUCACAAUCAUCCACUAGUAGUCUCUCCACGCGAAGCACGCCAAACAGUGGAUGAGAAGGAUAAGAAAAUUCAGGAAUUAACCACAGAGCUUCGGAUUAAAAAGAGGUUGUGUGCAACAUAUCAAGAACAGUUAACUUCUUUUAUGAAAACUGUUGAAGACCACAGUGACAAGCUGUCUGCGAGAAUUCGUCACAUACUUGGUAAUCUUAAAGAAUUUGAAUCCAUAGAAGAGCUUUUGCUCCAGAGGUAGCCUUGCAUUAUGUGGCGUGCGCGCGGUGUGAUCACUAACUUGUACUAAGAUGUUAUGUUCAAAGGAUGUGUGUCUUUCAUCCUUCAAAGGAAGUUGUCACAUAAAAGAUAAUAGACAUGUUGUGACAUUUGGCCAGGGGCACAUAAAUUGGAUAUAUUAUUUUUCAGUUGAGAUGUAAUCUUGUACCAGUUUGAUACAGAAAAAAAUAUAUACUACAAAUUUAUGACAUGCUUAGUUUGAAAACUAAUGGCACAUAAUAUUAAUGUUUUUAGGAUCAAUGUGCUGAAAUGUGUACUAUGUUACAAGCUACUUGUCUCGUCUCAAGUGAUGGUGACCUGCUUUUUCGUUGUAAAUAUUUAUGAUUAUAGCUAUGCAAAUUUUUUGAAAAAUUA